AUGGCAAUUGCGUUUACUUUUCUUAAAAAUUAUAUAAAAAAUAUCAAAUAAAGUUAAAAGUAACACUGAAAUUGUUAAAGUUACUUGUUUCAUAGUGCUUAUUCCGAUACGCUUAUGCAAAGUUUCCUGUCAAUUCACGGUUUUAUAACAUUAAAAUCACAACAUAUUAGCAAUAUUGAAAGGACACAAUAUUAAUACUUAUAUAAAUAAUUCAGUGCUUAAAAAUGAUUUGAUAUUAUUGAAUAUCAAAAAAAAAACUUUAAAAAAGGUUCUAACAAACAUCACAAGCAAGUUAAAUAUUUAGAAACAUUAUAUAAAUAAAAAUAACUUUAAAAAUAAGAUAUUGAAACUCAUCAAUUCCAACAUGAGUAACGGAACAAACUAUUGGGAAAACAUGGAUGAUUGCUUACAAUAUGUCGGAGGAACUGUGGGAGCUGUUACGUUAUCGAGUAUUGCGGCAGCAACAGCUUAUUAUUACGCUACAAGACCAUCCCCACAAAUACCGUUAGUGCCUCUUGAAGAUCAAUCGCCGAUUUUAGACGGUCCUGAACAAAUACACGUCUCCAAGUUUUACAAAGACUCGAGAGAUGGAAAAUUCUUGAGUUAUCUGCAUGAAGAUGCUCGAACCCUUUACGAAACAUUUAGAAAAGGUGCUUACGAUUCAAAUAACGGACCAUGUUUGGGUUGGAGAGAACCUGUAACAGCGCCCUAUUCGUGGAUGACAUACAACGAAGCAUUAUUGCGAGCAAAGAAUUUCGGAUCAGGUCUCAUUGCAUUAGGAUUGAAACCGGGCCCCCAAACUCUUGUCGGCAUUUAUUCACAAAAUAGACCGGAAUGGAUAUUAUUCGAGCAAGGAUGUUAUUGUUACUCGUUAGCGCUUGUGCCGUUAUACGAUACUUUGGGCCCCGAUGCAUGCUCGUUCAUUAUAAAUAAGGCUGAUUUAAGUAUCGUUGCUGUCGAAGAUGAUGCACGGAUAAAUUUGUUGUUAGACAAAGCGCCUCGUGUGCUGCAAAAGAUAAUUGUAAUCAAAGAAAUUAAACCUGCGACAAUGCAACGUGCGAAAAAUCGCGGAAUUGAUGUAUUGACAUUUGCUGAAGUUGAAAAGUUAGGUGCGUUACACAAUCAUCCGGAAGUUCCCCCAAAACCAACGGAUUUAUGUACAAUUUGUUAUACAUCAGGAACAACGGGCGAUCCAAAGGGAGUUAUGUUAUCGCAUGCUAAUCUCGUAGCAGCAAUUUGUUCAGUUAAUUUGCAAUUCGGAGAUCAUAAACUGAGAUCUACAGAUAUCAUGUUGUCGUUCCUUCCUCUUGCGCAUAUGCUUGAGCGUGCAUGUGAAAAUGCCGUUUACUACUUUGGCGGAGCUGUGGGAUUCUUUUCGGGCGAUAUAAAACGCCUUGCUGACGAUUUAAAAGCCUUACGCCCUACUGUUAUGCCUGCUGUGCCUCGAUUACUGAAUCGCAUCUACGACAAAGCCAAUUCGGAAGCCGCCAAAUCUAAAAUCAAAAAGCUCAUUCUCAGUAUGGCAAUCAAUUCGAAGGAAGCAGAGUUACAAAAACGCAUAAUUCGGCGCAACAGUAUUUGGGAUAAACUCGUGUUCAAAAAGGUACAAGACAAUUUUGGCGGAAACUUAAGACUUUUGCUGACAGGUUCAGCGCCUCUUGCGCCAAAUGUUUUGACUUUUAUGCGAUGCGCACUCGGAUGUGUCGUCGUUGAAGGAUAUGGACAAACAGAAUGCAGUGCUCCGUGUACAUUGACGGUGCAAGGAGAUCAUGAUACAGGACAUGUUGGUCCUCCAAUUGCUUGUAAUGCCGUGAAACUCGUAGACGUGCCCGAGAUGGAAUAUUAUGCGAUCCAACAACAGGGUGAAAUAUGCAUAAAGGGCACGAACGUGUUCCUCGGAUAUUACAAGGAUCCAACAAAGACAGCAGAAGCAAUUGACGCCGAUGGAUGGUUGCAUACCGGAGACAUUGGCGAAUGGAGGAGAAAUGGCACAUUGAAAGUUAUUGAUCGCAGAAAACACAUUUUCAAACUGAGUCAAGGCGAAUAUAUCGUUCCUGAAAAGAUUGAAAAUGUCUAUGUGCGAAGUCAAUACAUCGAACAAGUUUUCGUUCAUGGAGAAAGUUUGAAGAGUUGUGUCGUUGCAAUUGUCGUCCCUGAUGUAGAAGUUGUUAAACGUUGGGCAAACCAUAAUGGUAUCGCAGGAACAUUGAGUGUGCUUUGCAACAAUCCAGAUGUAAAAGCUCUUAUUUUAGCGGAUAUGUUAGAACUCGGAAAGAAAUCAGGUUUAAAAUCUUUUGAACAGGUUAAAGACAUUUAUCUGCAUCCCGAUCCAUUUUCUGUACAAAAUGGUCUUUUGACGCCUACCUUUAAAUCAAGAAGACCGGAAAUCAAAAAUUAUUUCAAGCCCCAGUUAGAUGAUAUGUAUAAAACUUUAGAUUGAAACGGUACCAAUGAUAUAUCAAAAUUGUAAAAAUAAAUAAAUGUGGCAAUUAUUUCUAACAUA